UUUUCCCUUGAACUCUAUCCUUUUAUAUCCAUAUUGAGCAAAACACAAAUUCAUUUCAGGAAAAUCAAAUAACAUACAGCUGACUUGAGGAGUAAUGACAACAGAUCCAUUAGCACCUGAUUCUGUUAGCCAAUAAAAAACUCCCAUUAAGGUUUAGGCUUGAAAACUCUCUGACAAUCUUAAUGGAGAGAGAGAGCCAUACCAAUAAGGCCUAUACUUGUAAAUUCUUAUGGACUGAAUAAAUCGGUCAGUAUUACAUUAGAAGAUCUUCUUCCACACAAAGCCUUGCUCUUAUAAUCAAAUCAGAUGCUGUUAUGUGAAGUUCUGGAACAUAACUGCCCUUUCCUCUAGACCUUCAUCACCAAAGCUUUGGUCCCUACUUCUGCGUAGCCUACAGCAGUGAGGAUUUCAGUGGAUGUUAGUGUUGUCAACAAGUGGGGAGAUACAUACCACUCGUUUAAGAGGUAACCAUGACCAUCUUUUGGAAGGACAUUAACCUGAUUUUGAACCCUGACCCUGAGUUGACCCGAUUACCCCCUGUGGUAAUCCCACAAUGCCAAAAGGAUCUGUUCAAAAGGACCUGUGAAAAAGUCUGGGCUGAACAAGUCAUAUUACCUUGGCUACAAAAAGAAAUGCAAGAUAAUGAGACCUAUGGUCUGGGCCUGUCAGACUCCUACCAAAUCGACGGAUAUCCUUCCUUGGAGGGCGGGAUAUACGACGUUGAGGCGGCGGUUGAGACCUUUGUCUAUCCCGUGUUCCUGUUCUGUGGUACGGUACUGACACUUCCCCUUGUCGUCCUCCUGUACCGCUGUAGUUACGCCGUCUGGUCCAGCUGUUUCUUCCUUGCGGUCACGCUGAUCCUGGACAUGGUCUUGCUAUGUGUGUACUGCGGAAACGAUUGGUAUAUCCGUAUUUAUAAGAGGAAUCUCAGCAAUGAUAUUAUCUCAAUCUCCAAUGCCUCCUGUAAGGUCUACUCCUUUCUGAGUAGUUUCGUGCAGUAUCUGUCACCCUGGGUUAUGGUUGUGAUCACUGUAGAUGUGUUCAUUUCCAUGAACCACCCCAAUCGUAUCUACUGGAUGUGUACCCGCGAGAGAGCCAAGGCCACACUGCUGCUCAUUGUGGUCCUUCUCACAUUCAUCAACCUCCAUUUUUUCUGGACUGUUGGCCUGACCGAGGAAAACAUAGACUUUUUCCAAGUCAACCGUCUGUGUCAUCUCACCUAUCAAGACAUGACCAUGGAGGUGUUCACACAGAAAGUCCAACCUUACAUUGACUUUUUGUUUAAACACCUCAUCCCUUUUCUAGUGACAUCUGUCUUUCUCUGCCUCAUCCUCUCCUCAACAUGCAGAAAUCGCCUGCAGAAAUUUGACAUUCAACACCUCAAGAACUAUUUUCUGGAGGUGGAGGCUUUAUUUGAGAUGCGUCUACUGGCCCUGAUUUUAAGCAUUUGGUUUGCCAUAAUUUACAUGUUUCAAUCUUUGUAUGAAGUUCUCCGUCUCAUGUUUCAAGGGAGUGAAACAAUAGAUUACAUCGCCAUGAAGAAAGUGGAUGUGACAUUGAAGCUGCUCUUCUACUCCUUUUUGAGCUGUAAAUGUCUGCUGUUCUACAUCUUAAGUGCUAAAACCAGGAGGUAUAUGAUGGGAGGUGCGAUUACUGUGAACCGAGCUUUGACAAAACGCUCACAGGAAUACAAACUGGCACAGCAAUCACAGAACCUUAUCCAGGAAUCCAACGAUUAUGAAGACUCUGGAGUCAAACUAUCCACUGAGGUCUAGGAUAGGAUACAGCUAGGAUACAGGAUUGCUUGAACACAGAUAACAGAAAGGAUUGCUAGGAUACUGGAUUGCUAGGAUAUUCUUAAGAGAAAGGACUUAUAGGAUACUGCUAACAGUAAGGAUUGUCAAGACAAUGAGGAGGGAAUCUGAAUCAGCUAAAGGAUAGCAAACUACCCAACUUAAGAAAUGAGAAAUUUAUCAACAGACCUUAGUGUUAAUGAAGCAUUCAAAAAGCAUUGUGAAGCAGAAAGCAGCAUGCCCUUUCUGACACCGAUGGUAACGCUGAAGAAAUGUGCAGCAAUACGUAUUUCUUUAGGUUUGGAGUGAAAAAGUAAACUAUCUUCUGGAAAAAUUUGAAGUAAUCUUAUGAGAACAUAUAAAAGUGAUACAAAUGAACAGCUUAAUGUAUCUAAAACAGCAUUAAUAAUCCUACCUGGGUAGUUUUGACAGCAUAAUGAUGUAUAAUAUGUCACUGACAGUCGAAUGAGCAGACAAUGACUACACAAUGGCCUUUUAAUGUACAGUGUAUCAAUCUUUGAGUUGAUUAAUAACUAUUGACUAUAUGUAUGGAUUGUAUAACAUAUACCAUGUAAACAUAGAAAACUAUAGUUGAAUAAC